AUACAACACAUUUCACCUAGAAAUGCAACUCGAAACGUGCCAUUAAAUACAAACAUCGAUCCACCGAUCACGAAAGUGUCCCUUUCCAAGACUGCCACCAGUCUCGGACAGGAGACGCGGAGGGUUUCGGUGACGCUUUAAAAUGCUCUUGCGUCAAAUUACCUCCGCAGCCGGAUGUGAUGUGGCUCCCGAGGAGCAAGCCAAAGAUAAACACGUAGCCGGACGGAGAGGGGCGAGGAUAAUACACAUUAUAAAGAGGCUACCUGCAAACGGACGAAAUGGAGUAGACGCGGAGAAUAUAGAGAUUUCAGUAGGCAAGGAGACGUCCGUCAAAUUAACGAAGGAGCAAGUCUUCCGCGGACAUCGAGUCGUAUCUGUUGCUGAGUCCAAAAUGGUGCGAGCAACCUUGGUGACUGCCACCAGUCUGGCUCUGACUGGGGCCGUGGUGGCGCACGCCUACCUCCUCAAACUCCAGUUCUACCCGACGGUGGUGUACCUCACCAAGAGCAGCCCCAGCAUGGCGGUGUUGUACAUUCAGGCCUUUGUGUUGGUGUUCCUGCUGGGAAAGUUCAUGAGGAAGGUCUUUUUUGGACAGCUGAGGGCUGCAGAAAUGGAGCAUCUCAUUGAGCGCUCCUGGUACGCUGUGACCGAGACGUGCCUGGCAUUCACUGUUUUCAGGGACGACUUCUCCCCUCGCUUUGUCGCCCUCUUCACACUCCUGCUCUUCCUCAAGUGCUUCCACUGGCUGGCGGAGGACCGGGUGGACUUUAUGGAACGAAGUCCAAACAUCUCUUGGAUUUUUCACUUCAGGGUGUUAUCUCUAAUGGGACUGCUGGCUAUCCUGGACUUCCUGUUUGUCAACCACGCCUGUCACAGCAUCAUCACCCGAGGAGCCUCGGUCCAGCUCGUUUUCGGAUUUGAGUAUGCCAUCCUGAUGACCAUGGUGCUGACCACCUUCAUUAAGUACCUUCUGCACACCAUCGACCUGCAGAGUGAGAAUCCCUGGGACAACAAGGCCGUCUACAUGCUCUAUACAGAGCUCUUCACAGGUUUCAUUAAAGUGCUCCUGUACAUUGCCUUCAUGACCAUCAUGAUAAAGGUCCACACCUUCCCCCUGUUUGCCAUCCGGCCCAUGUAUCUGGCUAUGAGACAGUUCAAGAAAGCCGUAACAGAUGCUAUAAUGUCCCGGAGAGCCAUCCGCAACAUGAAUACACUGUACCCCGAUGCUACUCCUGAAGAUCUGCAGGCCUCUGACAACGUCUGUAUCAUCUGUCGAGAGGAAAUGGUCACCGGAGCCAAGAAACUGCCUUGUAAUCACAUUUUCCACUCCAGCUGCCUCCGCUCCUGGUUCCAGAGGCAGCAGACCUGCCCGACCUGUCGCAUGGACGUCCUACGCGCGACUAACAACAAUCAGACUCCAGCCCAGGCCCAGGCUCCGCCCCCUGCACCUGCAGCCCCUGCCAACGCCCCCGCGGCCCCGCCCGCCAACGUGGCCCAAGGCAUGUUACCUGGCUUCCCUCCCGGAGUCUUCCCCUUCUGGGGUCCCUUCCCUGCGGUGCCUCCCCCCGCCGCAGCGGGCGCAGCUCCGGGUGCCGCUGAUGCGCCACAGAGCGGCACUGAGGCGACGCAGGCAGCCGGCACCAGCCAGGCCGCCUCAUCAACUGCAGGCGCCCCAGCUCCAGGAUCAGCAAUCCCAGGCUUCCCCUUCUCUUACCCCCCUCCACCCUUCCCCACUGCACCAUGGCUCAUGCCUCCCCCUCCACCCUUCGUGUCGUCCAUGCCUCCUCCUCCUCCCUCUCUGUCCCGGCUGUCCGAGGAAGAGCUGAGGGAUCUGGAGGCGGAGGGUCGGCGGGGCCUCGAGGCCAGGCUCCAGUGUCUCCAGAACAUCCACACCCUCCUGGACGCCGCCAUGCUCAACAUCCACCACUACCUCAGCACCGUCACCACACUCGCUCUUCCUCGGGCUGAGGCCGGAGCCGCCGGUGGCAUAACAGACGGCGCUUCCUCUCCUGCAGCUGGCAGCAGCACGGACAGUCCCAGCCAGGAGAAGGACUCCUCCAGCUCUUCCAGCACUGAGCAGGUGGACGGCGCUGCAGUCUCCCCCCAGCCAGCGGACUCUACUUCCACCGCCUCGGACACAGAGAGUAAAGAAGAGCUGGACGAGGCGGGGGCGGGGGCGGCGGGGGAGGACGGAGAGCCAAACGCCGCCGAGCUGAGGCGCCGCCGCCUCCGCAAGCUGGAGACGUCUUCGUCGCCAUCGUCCUCACCCCCUCCCGACAACUGAUCCACACGCUCUGACUCGGGGACACGUUGCUCCGGACCAGCAGGAACUCUGAGCUGAUAGAUCGUUGCUUUGGUUCUUCAUCGCCUCUCUUCCUCGUGGCUCUCGCCUUCCACAGGCUCAGGUUCCUAACUGUUGUCGAGUUGGACUCAGGCUACCGGGAGACGCGAUGAUAGGUACCGCUCACCUGGACCGCUUCUGUGUCAGAAAGCAAUAGCACGACUCCUGUUCUCUCUUUUUUUCUUUCCUUUUUUUGUUAACCCCCACCCCCCCCUCAGAAUGACUACUGCAAUACGAGUACUGCAGGUGUUUGUAAGUUUAGUCAGGUGGAGAAGGAUUUUCACAUUUCUGUGGUCAGUGUGGUGGACGCCAUCACUCUGACCACAGAAAUGGAGUUCAACAGGUGUUCGGAUUUGUGUUUUGGUAGUUUUACUUUGAUUUCUGUUUUGAUUCAGUUUCCCAGGUGGUUAAUUCAGGUGGUCCCGCUCACCACGUCAACAUGUUACACAGCACCUGGAUCGGCAUCGCAGCCACAGAAUUCAAAUCAAAGGACGUUGAUCAGCUGCUUUGGCUUUCUCCCUUUAACGUUCAUCCCUCUUCUGUCGCCACUACAGUCGCUGUAUCAUACUGAUUUAUUUGAAUGUGUACAUACUGUAUAAAGAGUUUUAAUAGGACGAUCUGUACAUAAUGCAGAAUAAACUGUUUGACUGAAGUGGCAGUGGCACGGAUGUACAAGGGUGUGUAUGUUCAAACCCAUUCCAUAGAAGGCCUGAAGAGAAGUGCUCAGUCUUUCUGUGUCUGGGAUUUUUAUCUUGCCUUUUUGAAGUGUGCUGUAAAAUUUCUUAUUGGAAAUGUAUUAUCUAUUUGUCAAUUAUGAUUUAUGUACCGAGCAUAUUAUUUUCCAACAUAAUUUGUACCAAAUCUUUCAGGGAAACUUCCUUAAAGGUUAUUUAGGGAGUAACAUAAAAAGUAGCAAAUAUAAAAAGACAUAAAAUAAAACCUGAUGUUCACCGAUGAAUAAAACAUUUUAAAUUCUCAA